AUGGCGACGGAGCAGGACGAAGACCGGGAGAAGAGGUGGGAGCAGGUCAUCCGGAGAAUGCUCCCCGCCGGCGUCCCUCUCCCAGACGAGGACCACCUCGACUACUCCAUCGCAGUCGAGUACGACGGCCCCCCGGUCCCCUACUCCGUCCCCAGGGUCGAUCCCGUCGAAAUCGCCGAGCCGGUGUCCGUAUCAUCUCGAUCCGAUCUCUCCUCCUCGAUACCCGUGGUGGCCCCGAUACCGCCGGGCCGGAUCUCGCGCUUUGACCGGCCUCGAAAUGGCUCCGUCUUCAAGGACUCUCCUGUGGACAGCGGGAGGGCGUCCUCGACCGCUCGAGCUCAGCUGGAACAGCCGGAGCUGGAUGAGGGAGACAACAAGAGCACAGUCAGCGUGGACUCGCGAGUUCUGAAUCUGGAUGAUGCCGAGUCUAGAGCUGAGAAUGCUGAGCCGAGGCGAGCUGCUGUGGUCACCUUCAACACGCCGAGGGACUCCGAGUACGAAGACAACGACAACUAUGAAGAUGGCAACUCCUCGUCCUCGUCACCGGCGUCGAGCACCCCGGCUACCGCCGUGGGUUCGCCGUCCGCUGCCACCAAGAAGGCGGCGUCUCGGAAGCGGGGUGUCUGUAGCCGCUGUGGGAAGGGGAAUAGGCUGAAGGAGCGAGAGUCGUGCCUUGUUUGUGGGGCCAAGUACUGCGGCAACUGCCUCUUGAAGGCCAUGGGGUCGAUGCCUGAGGGGAGGAAGUGCGUCAGCUGCAUUGGGAAGCCGAUUGACGAGGCCCGGCGCUCUGGGCUGGGAAAGUGUUCGAGGAUUUUGGCUAGGGUUUGCAGCCCUCUGGAGGUGAGGCAGAUAAUGAAGGCUGAGAAGGAGUGUGCCGCGAACCAGCUGAGGCCUGAGCAGCUCUACGUGAACGGGAGGCAGCUGAGGCAGGAGGAGUUGGCCGAGAUUCUGGGGUGCGCACUCCCACCGCAGAAGUUGAAACCCGGGAAAUAUUGGUAUGAUAAGGAUUCAGGGAUGUGGGGAAAGGAAGGAGAAAAACCUGAUAGGAUAAUUAGCUCCAAAUUGAACAUCGGGGGUAAGCUUCGGACUGACGCCAGCAAUGGGAAUACAAAGGUUUACAUAAAUGGCCGUGAAAUAACAAAGGUGGAGCUCCGGGUUUUGAAGCUUGCCAAUGUACAAUGCCCCCGGGAUACUCAUUUUUGGGUGUAUGACGAUGGAUCGUACGAGGAAGAAGGUCAAAAUAACAUAAAAGGAAACAUAUGGGGAAAGGCGUCUACUCGUUUCAUUUGUUCGUUAUUGUCACUACCUGUUCCACCUGGAAAUCCUCAUGGGACGAAAGAGGAUCCAUCUACCUAUUCAAAUAGAUCUGUACCAGAGUACUUGGAACAGGGAAGAGUUCAGAAACUCCUGUUAAUUGGGCUCGAAGGAUCUGGAACUAGCACUAUUUUCAAGCAGGCAAAAUUUCUUUACGGGAAUAAGUUCAGUCCAGAAGAGCUGCAAAAUAUAAAGCUUAUGAUUCAAAGCAAUAUGUAUAAGUACCUCAGUAUAUUACUUGAAGGCCGAGAGCGGUUCGAAGAGGAAGCUUUAAUGGAGAGACAUCGGGGUGCAAAUGAAACUGUAGAAUCAUCCUCAGGUCCUGUUAAAUCCUCAGGUGAAAUGGGAGUUGAGGAAAGCAAGCAAUGCAUCUAUUCAAUAAAUCAAAGAUUUAAGCAUUUUUCCGAGUGGUUGCUUGAUAUUAUGGCAACUGGGGACUUAGAUGCUUUCUUUCCUGCCGCAACACGAGAGUAUGCUCCUAUUGUCGACGAGGUUUGGAAGGACCCUGCUAUUCAGGAAACAUACAGGAGAAGGGCAGAAUUGAAUUCACUUCCUGAUGUUGCAAAAUAUUUCUUAGAUCGGGCAAUUGAGAUAUCGAGCAAUGAGUAUGAGCCUUCUGAAAAGGAUAUCUUAUACGCUGAGGGAGUCACUCCGAGCAAUGGGGUUUCCUUCAUUGAUUUCUCAUUUGAUGAUAGAAGUCCCAUGUCCGAGAUGUUUAGUGAAAAUUUUGAUUGCUCACCCGCGAUGGCCAAGUACCAACUAAUCCGCAUAAACUCGAAAGGACUCCACGAUGGCUGUAAAUGGCUAGAAAUGUUCGAAGACGUGAGGGCGGUGAUAUUCUGUGUGGCAUUGAGUGAAUACGAUCAGAUGUUGGCUCAAGGCAAGGAUGGCCCUCUCUACAACAAAAUGCUGGCAAGCAGGGACUUGUUCGAGGGCUUAGCAAGGCAUCCUUCUUUCAGGGACAGUCCCUUCAUUCUCCUUCUAAACAAAUAUGAUGCCUUUGAGGAAAAAAUAAACCAGGCCCCUUUAUCAGCCUGCGAAUGGUUCACCGAGUUUAACCCGGUUAAGCCCCACAGUAACAAUCAGGCGCUUGCCCUCCAAGCUUACUUUUUUGUGGCAAUGAAAUUCAAGGAGCUCUACUACUCCCUCAGUAACCGGAAGCUCUUUGUUUGGCAAACCCGGGCUCGGGAACGGCCAUAUGUUGAUGAGGCGUUCAAGUACGUGAGGGAGGUUCUUAGAUGGGACGAGGAGAAGGAAGCAAACAUGUUCGGGUUUGUUGGGGAUGACUCCAUGUACAGUACGGAGCUGAGUUCCUCUCCUUACAUCAGGCCAGAAUGAUGAAAUGAUUUUUGAGAUGAAGCUUCUGAAGUAAGACCUGAUGGUUUAAAUUGCACUGAACCAUCUGUCAUUCACAAUUGAAGCAUAGCUGGUGAUGCUUUAGUCGUAUCGAUUUUUGCCCGGGCCAUAAAUGUUCAUUUGCAGAGAAAGUCGCUGCUCGAGUAGGAGAUUGGUGAAGUUCGAUGCUGACUCAGAAUAUUGUGCUUUUCUUUCUUUUCUCCGGGGGGUUGAUUAUUGAUUUUGCCGAUUUGUAUAGCAUUUGUUUUGCUGAGAUGAAUAAGGGUGGACUCUCUCAGUCUUACAGAUCCUUGUCAUAACUCAUAAGGUUUUGGUGUAAAUGUUCGGUAGUAUAGAUGAUUGAUCAGUUCCUUGCCACUCUUUUUUGUCUGACCUAGAACUGUUGAUCUGUAAUUUAAUUUCGAUAAUGAAAGUCGAUUUCAAGAUGGCUCCAUGAUU